GUGUGUGUCGGUGUGCCAGUCAGCCAGAGCAUCGGGCCCCAUCUGCACGCCUCUCUCUCUCUCUAUCUAUCUGUCUCACUCUCUCUCUCUCCCUCCCAGUCUCCGCUUCUCUCUUACCCCCUCUCGGUCACUCCCAGCGUCGGGGAUCUGCAGCGGCGGCGGCGGCGGUAGUACUGUCACUUUACGCACAGCAGCGGGGAAAUGUACUGACACUAACGGAGCAGACCGGGGGCGCAUCACCACCUCCACCACCUCCAUCACCGGCACCGCUUCCCCCCUUCUUCUUCUUCUUGUUUUCGGGGCUUCUUCUUCUUCUUCUUUUGUUUUUUUUUUUUUUUUAAUCAUCCCGGGGUUUUGAUUGGCAGCAUCGGCCGCAGAUCUCUUGUGGAUUAUUGUUUCUUCUCCUCGACGGAAAAAAGUUGAAAUGGAGGAGUCCAGCUCCCAGAAGUUGGUGUGGGACGGGGACGCCAAAGCGGUCCAGCAGUGUCUCACGGACAUCUUCACCAGCGUCUACACGACGUGCGACAUCCCAGAAAACGCCAUUUUCGGGCCCUGCGUGUUGAGCCACACGUCCCUGUACGACAGCAUCGCCUUCAUCGCCCUGAAAUCCACCGACAAACGCACAGCUCCGUAUAUAUUCAGGGUGGACACGUCGGCAGCCAACAGCACCUCGGAGGGCCUGAUGUGGCUCCGGUUGGUCCAGUCGGCCCGGGACAAGGAGGAGCAGAACCUGGAGGCCUACGUGAAGAACGGCCAGCUCUUCUACCGCUCCCUCCGCCGGAUCGAGAAGGACGAGGAGCUGCUGGUCUGGUACGGCAAAGACCUGAUCGACCUGCUGCUGCUCAGCUCCAGCAGAGCGCCGGCCAAAAGCAAAGGUUCGUCCCAUCACUCGUGUCCGGACUGCAGCCAGCGGUUCCAGUUCGAGUUCCCCUUCUUGGCCCACCUGCGGUUCCGCUGCACCAAGAGACUCCAGAGCAUCACGGGGGUGGACGAGGAACCCAGCAAAGAGGGCAGCACGGAGCGAGCCAACACGACCCCGACCAGGACCAGCCCCAAACUGGGCCGCUCCGAGGGCUUCAGCGGCUCCCAGGACAGCAACAAACCCUCCACGGACUUUCACAACCUGGCCCGGGACAUGGAGAACAACCGGACCAGUCCGCUGAGCGACAAGGAGGCCGAGAUCUGCAGCGAGAGCUCGGGGAAGAGGAAGUUCUCGGAGAUGGAGGACCGGGAGUGCCGAGGGCCCGGCCUCCCCCAGACCAAGUCCAAAGACGAGCUCGCGACCUCCGCCCAGAACUACCGAGGGGCGUACGGUCUGGAGGAGAACCACCGCACCUUCUCCCCGCCCAGAGCCACCGAGCUGGGGGAGGGCAAACGCAGCGCCUUCACCGAGGUCAAGAAGUCUCCCCAGAACCUCAAACACCACGGCAGCAACAAGAACCUCCAGAGCUCCAAUUCGGAGAACAAAGACGGAGGACGCCCCAGCAGCAACCCGUCAGAGAAGCACAUCAACAUCCGCCAGGUGCUGUCGGAGACCCAGCCCCCCCAGACCUCGCCCAUGGGCAGCGCCUUCACCUCCGUCAGCCAGCAGAGCGGCGGCGGCGCUGGCGGAGGGGAGCGUAAGAGCGCCUUCAGCCAGCCGUCGCGCUCCUCCUUCUCCCAGAUCUCCCCUCUGGUGAUGCCUCCCAAGCUGCUGGACUGCCACCCAGCGGUCGGCGACACCAUCUCGUCCAACAGACUCUACCAGGCCGACCACCUCGCCGCCAAGUUGCAAGGGGCGGAACUGGGCGCCAACUGCCCGGUCCCAGGCGGCAUGGCCAAGCAGAACCCCUUCGUCUACGCCACCGCCUUCUGGCCCAAGAACUCGGGGCCCAUCCAGCUGCAGAUGCCGUCGGCGCUCACCCUCCUGCCGCCGUCCUUCACCUCCCUCUGCCUGCCGGCGCAGAACUGGUGCGCCAAGUGCAACGCCUCCUUCCGCAUGACCUCAGACUUGGUUUACCACAUGCGGUCCCACCACAAAAAGGAGUACGCCAUGGAGCCUCUGGUCAAGAGGCGGCGCGAGGAGAAACUCAAGUGCCCCAUUUGUAACGAGUCCUUCCGGGAGCGGCACCACCUAUCGCGUCACAUGACCUCUCAUAACUGACUUUUACAGACUGAAAAGAGAGACCCUCCUGGAUCUAAGCACUGCGCGUGGACCUAGACCACCUGGUAUCACAGACAAACACCCCCUUGCACUUGUUUUCACUUUGGACGAUGAUCUUUUUCCUUCUCGGUCCGUUGACUUUUUUUCUCCCCCUUGUACAAAAUGUCAUGUUUUUGCGUGUAUGCAAAUGCGUUUUGACUCGGAAAAUGAAUCUAUUUAUGAAGCACUUAAAAAGUUUGAGAAUAAGGGAAGAUUUAAAUAUGUGUAAAUGUACAGUAAGUUGUAUUUUAUAUCAUAUAAGUGCAAAUAUAGAGAAGAAAUACCAAUGUAGUCACACGUCAUGGUUUACAACACAGCAAGGUUUUUUUCAUGUGGACAGUUGAAUAUGGCACCGAUUUGGGGGAAUAUUAUGUCAGACUAUAUUUCAGAGUGCAUGUAAUAUGAAAUAAUAUUGAUUUAAGAUGCAGUCUAUACAUAACGGUGUACAUAAUUUGUUUUAUUUGAAAUAUAAAAUGUCAUAUUUUGUGUCAGUGGGGAAUAGUUUCAGUGUUUCUUCCUUUUGCGGAAAUUUACUACUUGAUAGUUUAUCUAAUCAUGUUGAAUGCAUUGACAAUAAAAUAGCUUUAUUUUCAACUCUA